AUGAUUGAAACUCGGCCACGCUACAUCAUCAACCGUCCAGCUUAUUCUAGCAACUACUUUGAUGAAGAAUUUGACAGGAAAAGUAGAAGUUAUCCCCUUGGAGAGAAAAUAAAGAAUCUUUUCAGAUGUUCACCAUCUAGACUCAAACUCAUCCUUUACAGUCUAUUUCCCAUACUUGUAUGGCUUCCAAAAUACAAAAUCAGAGAUUACAUUGUGCCUGAUGUCCUUGGUGGAGUAAGUGCUGGAACUAUUCAAGUACCUCAAGGCAUGGCUUUUGCUCUGCUGGCCAACCUACCUCCAGUCAAUGGGCUCUAUUCUUCUUUCUUUCCUUUGAUUACCUAUUUUUUGCUAGGAGGUAUUCCUCAGAUGGUCCCAGGUACAUUUGCAGUCAUCAGUAUUAUCGUAGGAAACGUCUGCCAUGAACUGGCUCCGGAUUCUGAAUUUCAAUAUUUUAACCACACAGCUAAGGAAAUUAUGGUUAACAACACAGCCAUGGAAGCAGCCAGACUGGAGAUCUCUGCCACCUUGGCUUGUCUGACAGCUUUAAUACAAAUAUGCCUGGGAUUUGUGCAAUUUGGCUUUGUAGCCAUCUACCUUUCAGAGUCCUUCAUUAGGGGUUUCAUGACAGCAGCUGGUCUACAGAUCCUCGUCUCGGUUCUCAAGUAUAUCUUUGGUCUGAAGAUUGAAGCCUACACAGGACCCUUUGCCAUUGUCUAUACCUUUAUUGAUAUUUGCAAAAAUCUGUUGAAAACCAAUGUGGCUUCUCUGGUGUUUGCUUUGAUCAGCUCUGUGCUUCUCAUCAUUGUGAAAGAGCUAAAUAUGAAAUAUAUGAAGAAGAUUCGAGUCCCAAUUCCCAUGGAGAUCAUUAUAGUCAUUGUGGCUACGGUCAUUUCUGGAAGUUUUAAUAUGCCUGAGAAAUAUGACAUGCCAAUUGUUGGACUUAUUAAUAUGGGGUUUCCAUCUGCCACACUUCCACUAGUGGACAAAUGGAAAUAUAUGAUUGGCCCAGCUUUUUCACUUGCCAUUGUGGGCUAUGUGAUCAACCUAGCCAUGGGCAGAACCCUUGGGAAUAAGCAUGGCUAUGAUGUGGACCCAAAUCAGGAAAUGUUGGCCCUGGGCUGCAGUAACUUUUUUGGAUCCUUUUUUAAAAUCCAUGUGAUCUGCUGUGCGCUUUCAGUCACCUUAGCUGUGGAUGGAGCUGGUGGAAAAUCUCAGGUGGCAAGUUUUUGUGUAGCACUGGUGGUAAUGAUAACCAUGUUGUCUUUGGGAAGCUAUCUUAGCCCUCUUCCAAAGGCAGUUCUAGGAGCUUUGAUUGCUGUAAAUUUGAAGAAUUCUCUCAAGCAACUGACUGAUCCAUAUUACCUCUGGAAAAAAAGCAAGUUGGAUUGUAUGGUUUGGGUGGUGAGCUUCCUAUCAGCUUUCUUCCUAGGCUUGCCUUUUGGACUCGCUGUGGGAGUGGGUUUUUCCAUCCUGGUGGUAGUUUUCCACACCCAGUUUCGCAAUGGUUCUGUCCUUGGCCCUGUAGCUUCUACUGAUAUAUACAAGAACCCCAAAGUCUACAGCAAGGUUCAAGAAAUAGAAGGGAUUAAAAUUGUCACCUACUGCUCCCCACUAUACUUUGCCAAUUCAGAAAUAUUCAGGGAGAAAGUUAUCGCAAAGACUGGCGUGGAUCCCAUCAAAGUCUACUUGGCCAGAAAAAAAUUUGUGAAAAAUCAAGAAAAGGUGACAGCAGCAGUACAGAAAACGAGCAAAUUAAAAUCUAUCUUCAGAAAAGACAAGACUGUGUCUCUGCAAGAACUCCAGAAGGAUUUUGAAAGUACUUCUCCAACAGAUACCAAUAACAACCAGACAGCUGCCAAUGGCAACAGCAUCUCCUAUAUUGUCUUCAACCCAUCUGUGAACUCUUUAAGUCCAAAUAAUACCUCAUGUGAACAAAGAAGCACAUCUGAUCAUAGGAACAGCAACUGCAGCAUUAUUCCAGCCUCCAGUAUUGAUCCUAUGAGCAUAGCACCCCCUUUUGUUAAUUUCCACACCAUUAUUCUUGACAUGAGUGGAGUUUGCUUUGUGGAUCUGAUGGGUACAAAAGCUUUGGGAAAGCUAUGUACCAACUAUCAAAGGAUUGGGAUUAAAGUCUUUCUUGCAAAUAUAUCUGCUCAAGUGUAUGAUGACAUUUGCACUGGUGGAGUUUUUGAAGAAGGAGGUCUUGAGCCUUGUCACCUCUUUGUGACCAUCCAUGAUGCUGUUUUGUUUGCAACAAUGAACAGCAGCAGAGCUACUUGUCAUUCUGUCCUAGAACAGAGGUCAAAUCAGAUUGAAGUCUCUGUCUCGGAUGAAUCUCUGGAAGAUAGCAGUGCUGAAUUCCAAAAUUUGGAAGAGGAAAUGUUUGGAAGCAUUUUUCAUUCGGAAACACAAACAGCGCUGUGA